CAAUUCAAAUGUUUAAAGAGUAGUUUUCAAAAUGGCAGCCCCCAUGAGAAAUAAAUUUUGUUGAAACAUAUUUUUAGCAGAAGUUUUGCUGCUCAUUGGCACAGGAAUAAAACAUGUCUGAAGAAAAGAAAGAGGAGGAAUAUAGGUUAGAGAAAGAUCAGGAGCUUAGAUUUGAAGUAGAAGCCAGAGCUACAGCUUCUUUAGAGCUUCUUGAUGGAAUGGCAGAAAUAUUUGGUACAGAACUGACAAAAGGAAAGAAAUAUUUAUUUGAAUCUUGUUCCAAAGUAGCUGUUUAUACAUGGCAUUCAUGUGUUGUUAAAUUAGAAGGUAGAACAGAAGUGGCGUACAUUGCUGAUGGCACUCCCAUGACAGUUUAUGUCAAUGUCCAUGCAGCACUUGAACAAAUGAGACAGAAGGCAGAUGAAGAAAGAUCAAGAGGACCAAGAGUAAUGGUUGUAGGUCCUACAGAUGUUGGGAAGAGUACAUUAUGUCGCCUGUUGUUGAAUUAUGCAGCACGACUAGAUAGGGCAUCUGUUUAUGUUGAUUUAGAUGUUGGACAGGGAGAAGUAUCCAUUCCAGGAACAAUAGGUGCAGCAGUGGUAGAAAGACCUGCAGAGAUCGAAGAAGGCUACAGUCUGAAUGCUCCAUUAGUAUUCCAUUAUGGUCAUACAAGUCCAUCAUCCAAUUAUCCUUUGUUUAAAAUGCUGGUAUCAAGAAUGGCAGAAUGUGUUAAUAAAAAAACAGAAAAAUCAAAAAAGUGUAAUGUUAGUGGUUGUAUAAUUAACACAGGAGGUUGGAUAAAGGGAGCCGGAUAUGAUUCUCUGAAACACAUAGCUGGAUCAUUUGAAGUGGAUGUCAUACUGGUGUUGGGACAAGAGAGGUUAUAUAGUGAACUGAAAAGAGAUAUGCCUGAUUUUGUUAAUGUUAUUCUUUUACCCAAAUCUGGUGGUGUUGUGGAAAGAAAUCAGCACCAAAGAAGUGAUUUCAGAGAUCAAAAAGUACGGGAAUAUUUUUAUGGACCAAAGAAAAAUGGGGAUGAUUCUUUCUUUCCUCAUCCAACAGAAGUCAGCUAUAAUGAUAUUAAAUUAUACAAAAUAGGAGCACCAGCCUUGCCGGACUCCAUGUUACCUCUAGGAAUGAAGAAAGAAGAUAAUAAGACCAAGCUAGUGCCUUUACAACCAGGAACCAAUAUUUUACAUCAUGUAUUUAGUGUCAGUACUGCUAAAUCAAUAGAAGAUGCUGUGUUAGAGUGUAAUGUCUACGGCCAUGUUGUUAUAUCAGGGAUAGAUCCAGAUAAACAGACUGCAACAGUGUUAUCACCUUCACCAGAGAAACUUCCGUCAUCUAUUUUACUUCUAAUGGACAUGCAGUUUAUGGAUAUAGAUAUCUAAUAUCAACUUACAAAAAAGACAUGCAGAAUAGUUUAUGGACAGGAAUAUCUAAUAUUACUGUGUUCCAACAAUUAGCACCUAGUGGGAGAGAUUCUAUGUACAGAUAUCUGGUCUGUGAUUAAAACAUUAACAGCAAUAUGUUGUUAAUGGAUUGACCUUUUGUUUUGUCCUCCUCAGUGGAUUAUGAUCUGGCCACUGAACCAACUGGUGUGGACAGCUAGCUUAUAUUGCCACCAAGCCCAGAAAAUAAGGACUGGAUAAAAGAGAUAAGAGUAACUUAAUUAUUAAUGUUAUUGUUAGUUUUUUUAAUAUUUUCAUAAUUAUCAUCCAUUCAUUUUGUAUAUAUGUGUUAUAAUUGUGUAAUAUCAUAUUUCUGUCUGAUUUACAUAAGUGAAAACAAAGUUGUUACAUGUAUAAAUGGGUCUGAGUGGCAUCUGAGUAAAUAAUACAUUUUCAUGAUUAGGGCUAUUCUGGGAUAAGUUGUACAUGAAAAGGGAUUUAAAUCCCACCUCAUACCUGCUUUCCAUGCAAAGUUAGUUUGAGGUCUAAAAAUCAUUUAAAUUAUGCUUUUUUAUUGUGGACAUAAAAAUACUUGGCAUUUGUUCUGACAUGCAUCAGUCUGUCCAUGUGAGCACUUGCUUUUUAAAGAAUUUUAUGAAAUGCAUGGACAAUGUUGAUAUCUUGGAGUAUAACAAAAUUCAGUGCUGAUAAAAUAAUUUAUGGAGUUAUGCCCUUGUUUUGUUUUUUUUGUUGAAAAUUGUAUUGUAUCCUCCCAAUCCUGUUUCUACUAUUUUUACUGGAGUUAUGUCCCUUUGAAAUAUGAAUUAAUUGGCAAAUUUUGGUGCAAGUGCUCUCAUAUCCUCCUU